GCGAAACACCGAAAAACGGGAAUAAACCCGCCGGGAAGAAGCUCCGGAGCGGCCAGGAAGGGCGCUGGGCGCGAUAUGAGUCGUCUGGCUGCGCGAGUCCUCCUUCUGCUGAGAUAUAUAUGUAUAAAGUGAUGAAGAACUGGGGCGUUAUAGGGGGGAUCGCUGCCGCUCUUGCCGCGGGCAUAUAUGUUCUCUGGGGUCCCAUCACGGACAGAAGGAAACGCAGGAAAGGGCUUGUACCUGGCCUUCUUAACUUAGGAAACACCUGUUUCAUGAACUCUUUGCUGCAAGGCUUAUCUGCAUGUCCUUCUUUCAUCAAGUGGCUGGAGGAAUUUACAGCACAAUACAAGACAGAGCAGAAUCAGUCCACUGAGCAUCAAUACUUGUCCCUUACUUUGCUACAUCUUCUAAGAGCUUUAUCUUGCCAAGAGGUAACAGAAGAUGAUGUCCUGGAUGCAAGCUGCUUAUUAGAAGUAUUAAGAAUGUACAGGUGGCAGAUCUCAUCGUUUGAAGAGCAGGAUGCUCAUGAACUGUUUCAUGUCCUUACUUCUUCAUUAGAAGAUGAACGGGAACGUCAGCCACGUGUCACACAUUUGUUUGAUGUGCAUUCGCUGGAGCAGCCAGAAAUAACCCAAAAGCAAAUAAGCUGCAGAACAAGAGGUUCUCUUCCCCCUAUGUCAAACCACUGGAAGUCUCAGCAUCCUUUCCAUGGAAGGCUGACAAGCAACAUGGUUUGCAAACACUGUGAACACCAGAGUCCUGUGAGGUAUGAUACUUUUGACAGUCUCUCACUGAGUAUUCCAGCAGCUAUGUGGGGUCGUCCUAUGACACUGGAUCACUGUCUCCAUCAUUUCAUCUCCUCUGAAUCUGUAAAGGAUGUUGUAUGUGACAAUUGCACUAAAAUUCAGGCAGAAGGGACUUUGCAUGGACAGAGCAUAGAAAACCAGAGAACAACAUUUGUUAAGCAAUUAAAGCUAGGAAAGCUCCCUCAGUGUUUGUGUAUCCAUCUGCAAAGACUGAGCUGGUCAAACCAAGGCGCUCCUCUGAAACGUCACGAACAUGUACAGUUCAAUGAGUUCCUGAUCAUGGACAUCUACAAAUAUCACAUUCCUGUUCAUAAAUCAAGCCAGAAUGAUCUGAAUCGGAAAAGCCCUGAAGAGACAACCUCUGAAACAAAGGAUGGGAUAGCAGUAAAACCUUCAGAUGCAGAGCAGCCAUGUAGCACUAAAUCUCUCUUUAUGAAUGGGGCCUGCUCCCCUUCAUUUUUAAUGUCCUCGGCAACUUUUCCACUUGCUGCAUUCCCUGAAUGCAGUUCCCCUGUAUACCUUUACCGUCUGAUGGCAGUUGUAGUUCAUCACGGAGACAUGCAUUCUGGACACUUUGUGACUUAUCGCCGCUCUCCACCUUCUCCUAAGAACCCGCUCUCUGUCAGCAAUCAGUGGCUAUGGAUUUCAGAUGACACUGUUCGCAAAGCUAGUUUGCAGGAAGUCCUUUCUUCUAGUGCUUACUUGCUUUUUUACGAGCGUGUUCACUCGAGGGUACAGCACCAAAGUUUGCAGCUGAGGGCUGAAGAGUGACUAAGAGAGCUGAAGAAGGACAAAAACUGACAAAAUCCCUCUAAUGAGAUCUAUGUUGCACCUCCUGUCUGUUAUGCAAAUAACCCACCACAGGCCCUUUAACUUUCCCUUUCUUCUAUGGCAAUGGCUAGCUCCUCCUGGGAGUUGUUUCAUACCAAAAUGAUGCUACCAAAAGUCGGUCCGCUAAUGUUGUGCAGUCCAAAGCGUAUCUGCAUUAGAGAAGCAUUUACUCUGUUUAGGUAGUAUUUUGUCCGUAUCACAGCUCUGAAACAGACAUUUCAAACAGAGACUUGCCAAGGCCACGUUCCUUACCCUGAUACAUAUGUAAGUUUUCAGAUGGAGAUGCUUAAUCCUAUACAUUUCACUGCAGACUUUUCUGAACAGGUGAGCCCCAGAAGUGGUUGAUAGGAAGCUACUGUUAUCAAAGGCAAUGGUUUUAAAAACAAUAAAGUGCCUUGAGCUUAUUUGAGCGGUUACGUCACCGUUGUCUGAGUCUGCUGCAUGUCAGUUAUAUUCUGAUAAAUGCCUCUCAAGAUGAUGGGAAGAACUACUGACUGAAUCAGAUUUAAUAUCCUGGCUAAUCAAUAAAGCAAGGCAUCUCUAUGUAACAUGCAUGAUCCAAAAAACUACUUUCCUAUUUAUGUUGUUUUCCUAAUAUUUCAGUUCUUUCUACGUCGUAGAAAUACCUCUACUGAUUCAAACUGCAGUUUUCUUUUUCCAGAAAAAAAAGAUCUUUUUUAUCAAAAGGUGAGAAGCUUGCUUUGUUGCUCUCUAUCUGUGGAACUUAGGUGAAAUUAAGAGACAGAAGCAUUUGCUAGCAAUCAGUAUUGUAAUUUCCUUUGUCACUGUGAAACUGUUGAAUAAUAUUGCUUGUGGUAUUGACCACACCUUUUAAUGCUCUUACUUCGAGGCUACUAUGAUUGGUGUUCUAGACUUUCCCUUCCUAUUUUAAUGCUGAACACUGCCGUUUUUCAUCAUCCAUUCAAAUAUAUGCUGUCUGGCUUGCAAUA